UUAAACCCAACUACCCUCCCCGGCCCGACCCCUAUACCCGCCGUUCGUCCGAUCUUUCCCCUCCUUUCUCUUCAGCUGGACAAGAGAACUCAGCCUAUAAUUUGAAUAUUCCCUCUCUCUAGCUCAGUAUACGACAUUUGUGAGCUCCCCCACCUCCCGUAAGUUAUCCAAACCCAAGGACAAAAAUCCGUCAUGGUUGUCGGCGUCCUUCUGUACCGACGCCCCUCGUUUGUCUCUAGCACCUCUCCCAGAGACUCUAGUUCUUCAGAAUUGAAGGGCCUUUCUCUUGUUACCUCCAAUUCUAGCCAUCCAUCCAGAAUUUCCGGGAUCCCCGAUUCUCUCUCCUUUGACAAAAUUAUUGCCGGUGGGACGUGCUCAGUAUGUACAACCCUUUCUUUGACCAUCAUUACACUCGCCCUAGGGAAGGUUGUCAAUCUUGGUGGCCUUUGCCCUUAGAUGCUAGCUACAUGUUUCAAUAGCCCCCGGGCUGCCACUAUCAGAAACCUGCUAGCAGAGAGAUCUCGUACACCCCAAUCCCAUCAAAACGCAUUCAGACUAAUUCUCAUCUCUUCUAUCAGCCAAUAACUUGUAGAGAUUUUAUGAGCUAUCUCCUAUAUGUGGAGCAUGCUGCAGAGAACCUGCAGUUUUAUCUGUGGCUGCGUGACUACACGGAACGCUUUAAUGCCCUUUCUGAGAACGAAAAGGCAUUGUCUCCCCCAGUGCCUGUUAGCCCUCUUGAUCCUCGCCUUGGGCCUAAAAGUGGACCUGGAGUUAGGCCCGACAAUAUUGUCAGCAAAUUUCUGUCUGAUGCUUUCUGUAGCUCCCCUCAACAACCUGCGGUCCCGAGCCCAACAAAGCCCAACCCUUUUACUACCCCACCACACACGCCAGGCAUAUUUGGGGACUCCGACUACGAACUCGGGAACUCGGCCAUUGCGCCAUUCUCGUCUAUUGAAAGCAGGGGAUUAAACAAGAUCAAUCAUAGGCAGAUAGCAGCAGAGGCAUAUCAAUCUGCAGGGAUGGGAUGGCAACCGUGUAAGCCGAGCACUAUUUUCCCUGAGAUAACUCCUUGAUUGCCCGCCCCCUCGGUAUCCUUAUGUAAAGUGAGUUGUUGGCUAACCUUCUGGCGGAAUAAUAGUUAGUGUUCACCCAUUCCGCGACGAGGUAACUCGAGUAGUGGCUAUUUACAUCGCCGAGGGUGGCCCCCGCGAACUCAAUGUUUCUUCUCGUGACCGUAUGGCUGCCCUGCACGGAAUUGUCCACACGACCCAUCCUAGCGCCUUUGACCCCCUCAGGAAGACCGUUGAAGAUGCCCUCCUCUACCAGGCACACCCAAACUUUAUCCGGUGGAGCAUCCGUAAUGGAAAUCCCCCCAGGAUAAUCUUCGCUAUUUGUCUUGGAGUGGGCACCAUCCUCACCGGAUUAAUGAUCGCCCUCCUGCUCACUCUCAGCAAUCUCUCCCGUGGGUGGAGAGCGAUGGCUGCUAUUCCCUGGGUCGUUGGCAUAUCGACUUUGUUCGCUGCGCAUAAAGGAAUGUGUGUUGUUCUCCACGGGAUACAUGCUCGCAACAUCCAUCCUUGGUAAACAGCUAUCGCCUCAGGAAUGAUAUUAGGGAUGGCUGACUUUUCAAAUAAAGGGAGUUGUGGGCAGAUGAGGGGUCCAACGGGGAAAGCUCUAAGGAAUCGUUUGAAUCUCAGGCAACUUCAAAUAGCCGCGAAGAUGAAGUAGGUCAUUCCUAAACUGACGCCUUGGCAUCCCUUUGCUAACGAUAUUGUCAGCCUUGGAGAGCCAAAUAUGAGAAACGCAACCCUAUCCGAAAGAUCUUCGAGAAACAAGUCCGGAUUAAAGAGCCAGCGCUGCGCCAGAUACAAAACGCCAUAUUUUUGCAGAGUAUGAUUGUUGCCAUUAUUGCUUCCGCAAUAUUAUGCGCUGCAUUUGUGACGCUUCCUUCCGGUGGUUAUUUACCCUAAACUGGCCCGGGACCUAAUUAAUCAAUCAAAAAGGAGAGCCCCCCCUUCGACAUUCUUUAGAUAGGCCUAACAAUGCGAGUCUAUCCUCCCCUCUAUCUCACUGCAAAGCUUUUCAAAUGAAUAUUAGCAUCUCUUUCUACUUUAUUUCACUUCUUCAUCGUACAUAUUAUAUAUCCUUAUAAGUUUCUUUUCCUUUCCUUUUCCUAAUCUUAGACGGGGCUUUCCACUGUAGGAGGCUCCCUUAUCCGGGUUUUAUGAGGUCGGAUAGGUACGGCGAAUGGUGCAGAUCUAUUUUUUAUUUCCUUCAAUUUUUUAGGAACCGAAACCACGAUUGGGAUAACCGGGGGGGGGGGGGGGAUAUGUCAGCUAGUUAAGCAGCUACCA